GAUUAGUGGUUAUCAUUGACCGAGAGUAGAAUAAGGUUUUAGAAGAAAGGCGGUUACUAUGAAUUUAAGAUAACAGAUAAUUUUUAUGAGCAUUAAUUUUUAUCUAGUUUGUUUUGAGGAUAUAGAUAUAAAAAAUGGUUAUAGCUAUAGGGUUUGAAGGUAGUGCCAAUAAACUGGGUAUAGGUAUUGUGAAAGAUGGGGAAGUACUGUCAAAUUGUCGUCGAACUUACAUUACUCCUCCAGGAGAAGGAUUUUUACCCAGAGAAACUGCAGAGCACCACCGAGCACAUAUAUUGACUCUUCUCAAAGAAUCAUUAGAUGUAGCAAAGCUGACUCCUAAAGAUAUUGACAUUGUUUGUUUUACUAAAGGACCUGGUAUGGCACCACCUUUGCUUAGUGUUGCAGUAGUAGCCCGUGCUAUUUCCAAAUUGUGGAAAAAACCUAUUAUUGGAGUAAAUCAUUGUAUUGCUCAUAUUGAAAUGGGGCGGCAAAUAACUGGAGCUGACAAUCCGACUGUAUUAUAUGUAAGUGGAGGAAACACCCAAGUGAUUUCUUAUGCUAGAGGUAAAUAUAGAAUAUUUGGUGAAACAAUUGACAUCGCUGUGGGAAAUUGUCUUGAUAGAUUUGCUCGUCUUAUAAACCUUUCAAAUGACCCUAGUCCGGGUUAUAAUAUUGAACAAAUGGCUAAAAAAGGAAAAAGAUUUUGUGCCUUGCCUUAUGUGGUAAAGGGAAUGGAUGUUUCUUUCUCUGGAAUUUUAUCUUGGCUAGAAGAAAGGUUAGAUAAUCUUAAAAAGGAUGGUUAUACUGAUGAAGAUUUGUGUUUCUCAUUACAAGAGACAAUAUUUGCUAUGCUGGUAGAAACAACAGAGAGAGCUAUGGCACAUUGUGGAUCUAAUGAAGUGCUUGUUGUUGGUGGUGUUGGCUGUAACGUUCGUCUCCAGGAAAUGUUAGCGUCAAUGGCUGAAGAUAGGAAUGCUAAAUGCUAUGCUACUGAUGAACGGUAUUGUAUUGAUAAUGGUGCAAUGAUAGCGCAUGCUGGUGCAUUGCUUUAUUUACACUCUGGAGAAACAAAGUGGGAAGAUACACGAAUAACUCAAAGGUUCCGAACUGACGAUGUCGAAGUAACCUGGAGGUGAAACUUUCGUUAAUUAGUCUAGGUUAUUGAAUGAUAAUAUUAUCUUUCAAAAAUUUAUUUUUAUUGUUUAUUAAAUGUUGUAAAGUAA